AUGCGUACCUCCCUCCCCAUCCUCGCUCUCACGAGCAGCCUCGCCCUCACCAACGCAGCCCGCGCCUACUCGGAAUGGCUCGCCUCCUCCUUCAUCGACCGCCAAACCCCCAUCGACGCAGGCUAUGGCCCCGCCGUCCUCUGGGAAGGCAUCGCCCGCGCGGGCGCCCACAUCUCCCCGACCUCGCCCCUUCUCAAAGCCGCCGAGGCCAAGGUCUCGUCGCUCGUCAGCGCGGACGGCACGCUCGACGGCUGGGACCCGGAGUGGUACUCCCUCGACGACAUCCGUAUUGGCAACAACCUGCUGUACUUCUACCAGCGCUCCGGCGACGCGAAGCUCAAGACUGCGGCAGACGGGCUGCGGCAGCAGCUCAAUCGCUGGCCGCGCACGCCGAGCGGCGGGUUCUGGCACCGCGCGCCCAUCUACGAGGACCAGAUGUGGCUGGACGGGAUAUACAUGGCGGACACCUUCUACGCGACGUACGUCAGCCUGUUUGAGAGGGAGAAUGUCACCGCGUGGGAGGAGAUUGCGCUGCAGUUUGACCUGAUUGAGGAGCACUGCCGCAACCACACUAGUAACCUCCUCGUGCACGGGUACGACGAAGCCAGGGACGCGGUGUGGGCGGAUCCCGUCACCGGCGCGAGCCCGCUGGUGUGGAACCGCGCGGUGGGAUGGUACUUCAUGGCGCUCAUCGACACGCUGCAGGUGUACCCUUCGGACCUGCCCGGGUAUGCGCGGCUGCUGGGGUACUUCGUCACGUUGGCGGACGGGCUGGAGCGCAGCCAGGACGCCGGGGGCGGGUGGUGGUUGAUCAUGAACGAGGGGUACGAGACGCGGAAGGGGAAUUACAUUGAGGCGAGCGCGACGGCCAUGUUUUCGUACGGGCUGUUGCGGGGCGUGAGGGCCGGGUUUCUGGAGGAGAAGUAUAAAGCGGUAGGGCUGAAGGCGUAUGAGCUGUUGGUGGAUGAGUUCGUGAGGGAGGACGGGAACGGGACGAUUAGCUUCUUGGGGACGGUACAGGUUGGGAGUUUGAACUCGAAUGCGAGCUUUGAGCCAACGGCGCCGCCGGCUGCGAACCCCGCAAUGACGGCGCAGGAGCCCGGACCCUCGAAGAACCCCGCUGCACCCACCGAGAGCUCUGCCUCCGAGACGGAAAGCAGCUCCCAAGACUCGAGGAACCAGAUCGCAGCGGAGGAACAACAGCAAGGCGUUCGUCGUCGGGAGGGGCGGCAGCGGCAGGUGUACGAGUACCAGCAGGGCGAGGACGGGUCCACCGCGCAGCAGGUUGCGCCGCAGAACGGGCAGCAAGUGCAGAGUAAAAGCAAGGGGGCGCCUUCGGUGCGGCUUGAUAUGGAUCUUGAUGUGGAUAUUGAGUUGAAGGCUAAGAUCCAGGGCGACUUGACGUUAUCGAUACUGGGAGGAAACCAGGAGAGGAAGAAAUGA